GCGCUCUCUUCACCCUCAUUCACGCAUCAGCGUCGAGAGCUCAUGUCACUCGAGCUAGCGACCGACACCAUUGCCGCGGAGUUCCUAGAUUGACUUGAUCCACAGCUUCGUCUGAUCGAGGGGGCCGUGAUGGGGAGGAACAAGUUCGCAGUUUGGGUGCCGUUCGUUUUGGGCUUUGUGGAUUUCUUCGCUGUGGCCAUAAUAAUCCCUCUGCUCGCAGUCAAUUUCAAGACCAAGGGCUAUUCGCCGUUCCUCUACGGGCUCGCUGGGACCGUUUACGGAACAGUACAAACGCUGAGCGGACCCCUACUCGGAGGUUACAGCGAUUUGCACGGCCGCAAAAUAUGUCUGCUGUUCUCGUUCUACCUGUCAGGGAUCGUGUACAGCGGUUUUUUCUUUUUCGACACCAUAAUUCCGUUCUUCAUUCUGCGGAGCGUACUGGGCUUCUUCAAGCAUAGCAACACCAUGUGCAAGGCCUACCUCUGCGAUAUCACACCGAAAGCGGAACAAGCAGCGAUCAUGGGUCGAUUCAACGCGAUUUCGAGUGCGGGUUUCAUCGUAGGGCCCUUAAUAGGCUCACGUAUCGGCACUUUUGAAAACGGUUGCUUGGUGGCGGCAGCUCUCUUCAUCCUAUCGGGAGUCAUCGCUCAAGUUUUCCUACCGGAUUGCCCGGCGAAGAGGAGCGCCUCGGCCAAAUCGGACCCCGCACCGGAAUCGGUGAUCGAUGUUUGUCGAAGCGUGAAUUGGCCCAAGUAUUGGGAUUUAUUCAUCGCGCGCUUGUCGGCAACUCUGGCCGUGAUCUUGUACAGGAGUAAUUUGAGUUUUCUCCUGAUGACGACGCACUCUCUGUCCGCGCAGGAAAUCGGAUACGUCAUCGCAUUGACGGGAGCUGUGGCUGCGGGGUCGGGCUUUUUAGCCGGUCCCAUCAUUCACAUGUUCAAGAUAGACAGCGUGCGAUUGCUGGUCGCUACCGGUGCGGUCAUGACGGCCAGUCUUGUGCUCCUGUGUUUGUCGAGCACUCUGUCGUCCUUAAUUUUGUUUUUAGUGGUUUUCACGGCCUCUGCAAGUCUCGCCAGGGUCUACGGACUCGACGCUCUGUUGAGUCGCGGUACUGGGAGCGAUAUCGGACUCCUUCAAGGGGUGUCCCAGAGCGUGACUUCGGUGUCCAGGGGCUUGGCCCCGCUCAUCAGUGGGAUCCUGCAGCAACUGAAUCAAGACUUGCCAGCUGCCGUAGCCGCCUUGUUGGCCUUCUUAGGGACGAUGCUAAACGUUUACUCGAUCAAGAGGACUCGUGUCAAAGUCGAAUGAGCGGAAAGCAGGUGAUAAAGUGUUUACUUGUACUUCGUCGAAUGAUGAUCAUAGAAUGUCUAUUCUCGAAGGAAGAUCGAGUCCAAGACGAAUCAAGGCGCUCAACGUGGCUGUUCCGGUUGGAGAUAUGACGUCAGCGUUGUUGGUAGAUAGGCACAAACUACUCCUUGAUGGUGAGGAAUGACAGGGAUUGAGUUCUGUAAACAUGCCGGUAACAUUGCUCAAAGUUCAGGAACGAGUUUUGCGAACGAAGCGCGGUGGCAUUCUUGGAGGCUCAAGCCUAGCUCAUCAAUUGGUGACCUUGAGAGUAUUAAACCCUGAAUAAAACACAAACAGAUUUCUGU